AGAGUAUUCAAUUAGUGGGAAUGAGUACUACAGAUAUUGGAAGUAGAACGUCUCUGGACAGUUCAUCCCAACCGAGUUCUAUGAAUGUGAAUAAGUUCAUAAGAGAAACGGAAUUAGGCGAUAAGAUUAUGAAUAGAAGUGUUGGUAGUGAUUCUACAGCUCAUACAUCUGCUGAUGAAAUAUCAGUUAAUGAUAAAUGUGAAGAAAUGAGUGGCAACAACAAUAGUACUACUAAUGGUAAUAGUAACAAUACUACUACUAAUAAUAGUAAUAAUAACAGUACUAGUACUACUAACAAUAAUAACAAUAUUGAGAAUACUAUUUAUGGACAAUCUUCAAUGACAAGACUAAACCCAAUUCAAGAAGAAGAGUCAAAUACAAAUGCAAAUGCAAAUGCAAAUGCAAAUGCAAAUGCAAAUACAAAUGCAAAUGCAAUUGAUAACGAUAGUCAACCCAUUCCUACCAUAAAACCUCAUUCCUAUAAAGAGAAAUUAGCGUAUGUACAAAAUACAGAUUUCCGAUUUGAUAAAUCUUCAACAUCUUUUACUUCUUCACCUCCAACUUCAAUACCUAAUACUUUCAAAUAUAAAUCUCAUCCAAAUGCAAAGACAAAAUCAUCUCUUGGAUUAUCUACAUUAGCUCAUGAAUUAAAAGAAGAAGAAUCAGUAGAGUUAUCUAAAAAAUAUGAAGAUGAUUUUACUCCUCCAAUUAAAACUUCAACCAUUAAAUUGGCUAAAGAAUCAACUGGAAAUUCUGUAAAUCCAAAUGACACGCCUAAUUGGAUGCCAUCUGAAUUAAAUAUCCAGUGGCCUAAUAGCAAUAACAACAACAAUAAUAAUAAUAAUAUCAAUAUCAACACUACCACUACCACCAACAAUAUCAAUAUCAAUCCUAUGGAUUCUAAUCCUGACUUUAACUCUUCAGUAAGAAUUACUAAACGUAUAGAUGAAGAUUCCAGACCAAUCUUAGAUGAUUUGAAUUUAGAAUUCGCUUCUGGGAAUACUAUAUUACAUAAUUCCAAAAUAAAUCUGAUAGAACAACCAGCAUGGAAAGAAGUAGCAGAAGCCUUUAAUCAAGAAAAGGAAGAACAACAAAAGCAACAACAAAGAGAGCCAAGAUUACAGAAUAUAUUUUUAUCAAAUGAUUCACAUGAUAAAUCAGGUUCAGGAAUUGGAAAUCAUAAUAAUCACCAUAGUAAUAACCAUAAUCAUAAUAAUAAUAAUACUGCAUCAUCAACUGUAUCAACGCCAAUGGCAACUAUAUCCAAUCUUCAAAGUAAUUCAAAUCCAAAACCAAUUGAUAAUAGAAUUGUCACUCAACCAAAUCAUCCAAUAAUAUCAGAAAUUCCUGAAUCUCCUUUAAAAUUAUAUCAAGAUAAUUAUGAUACUUAUACUAGAGGGAAAUUAUCAGGACUUAUCCAAAAUUUUAGUAAUAAAUCCAAACAAAAUACUCCAAUUCAAUCACAAACUAAUCCCUUACCUCAUGAGAUUAUUCAAAAAAGUAUUACUCAACCACCACCGAAAUUUGAUAAUAAUUUAAAGAAACAAUUAGAAAUUUCUAAUACUAAUAAUGUAAAUGUAGAUUCUACUGAACGGAAAUAUUAUCAAAAGGCUGAUAAUAUUUUAAAUAAUAUUAAGAAACGAGGGUUUCAAUUUCCAAUUCAAGAAGCUUCUUCUAAUAAUUUAACUUCUGCAACGGCCACAUCUACACCAAAAAUCAAUAAAAUUAAUGAUGAAAAAAUUGAUUCUCAAGAUGAAUAUUCUUCAUUUACUAGUGGAUUUAAUGAGAAAUCAUCAGAAGCAGAAUAUCGACAAUUUAAUUCAGAUGUAAUGGUAUCAAAUAAUGAUUUUACUUCAUUUGAUCAUAGUUCUAAAUUACAUGAUAGUACAGAUUUCCCCAAUACUGCUAUGGAAAAUUUAAGGAAUCUUGAAAGAGUUCCAGAAUAUGAAAAUGAAAGUUCAUAUACAUUUGAUGAACCAUCUGAUGAUGAGAUUACUAAGAAUCAUAUUCAACAACAACAACAACAACAACAACAACAACUUCAAUCACCUAAAAGGACCAUUAAACAUAUAUCACAUGAACCAAUUGAUACUGAUAAUGAUAUCGAUGAUACAGAACCACUCAUUGUAUGGAAAAGACCAUCACAAUUAAAACUUGGUAGAAAUUUAGCAUCUCCUAAACAUAUAUUAAAAGUUCGAAAUAUUGAAGAUAAUCUUCCAUCAACUAAAUCUCCUAUAGUUAAAGGUAGAAUCCUUCAAGCAUCUAAUUUACCUGGUAGUUAUGAAAAUAUGAUAUUUGAUGCAGAAAAUCAACGAUGGAUAUCUAAUGAUAAUUCUGAUUCUCAUGCCCAUGGUAGUUUGGAUUCUAUAGAAGAUUUAGUAUCUAAUUCUGAUUUACAACGAGUUUCUCAUUCGAUUAUGAAAGAAGUAUCAUUUCAUAUACCAAAGGAUAUAAAAUCUCAUGAGCACAAUAAUAAUAAUAAUAAUAAUAAUAAUAAUGAUACUAAUACUCCAACACCAACUCCUACAAAUCUUAGUAAUGGAGAUAUAACCAGAAUAUCUCAAAUUAAUGAUAUAACAUUUAGUGAAGCCAGACAAAAAUUAGUUUCAUUACUUACCGAUAUAAUAUCUUGGGAUAAAAAUUUACAAGAAACUCCCUGGAAUGAAAUCUUGGAGAUAUCCUUAAAUGGAUACAAUUUAGAAUCCGUUAAAACUUUAGAUCAAUGUUUACCUCAUUUACGAGAUAUUAAUCUUUCACAAAAUUCUCUUAAAUUUUUAGAUGGAUUACCAAAGCAUAUAUUAAAUUUAGAUUUAAAUCAUAAUGAAAUUCAAAAUUUAACUCCAUUUUAUCAAUUUCAUGAUUUACAAUCAAUUGAUAUAUCAUUUAAUCAAUUAACUUCAUUAUCUAAUUUAAAUAAGAAUAUUCAUUUACGACAAAUUAUAGCAAAAAAGAAUCAAUUAACUUCAUUAUCAGGACUUAAUAGUCUUCAUAAUUUAACUAAAUUAGAUGUAUCAGAAAAUAAUAUAACUGGUAUAAUUAAUUUUGAAGAUUUUGAUUUACCAAAUUUACAAGAUUUAAAUAUGAGUAAAAAUUCAAUUGAAUCAAUUAAUCGAUUAGAUAAUUUAUCACAAUUAAGAGUUUUACGAGUAGAUGAGAAUUUAAUUAAUAAAUUAGAAAUUAAUAGUACUCAUAAUCAUUUACGAAAACUUCUGAUAAAUUUAAAUAAUCUUAAAGAAUUAGAAGUUAAUAAAUUUCCUAAUUUAAGAGUAUUAAGAAUUGAUGGGAAUCCAUUAAUUAAAUUACCAAAUGUUUCAAUAUUAAGUCAACUUGAAGAAUUAUCAAUUAAAUGUCAAGAUAAUCCUCAAGUUAUUAAAGAUAUAUUUGAAAUUGGAUUAGAUAUGGUUAAAAUUCUUGAUUUAUCAGGUAAUGUUCAAUUUGAUUUUGGAACUUAUUUAACUCAAAAUGAUAUUAAACCUUUAUUAAAUGUUAAUACAUUAAUAUUAGGAGCAGUUAAUUUAAAUUCAAUUCCAACAAGAUUUUCUCAAUGGUUCCCAAAUGUAAGAGAAUUAGAUUUAAGUUUUAAUAUCAUUAAUAAAUUAAUGGGAUUAUCUACCAUGAAAAAUCUUCGUAAAGUUAUAUUAUUAAGUAAUAAGAUUAAUUUAUUUGAAGAAAUUAUAAAAGGUUUACAUGGUAGUAGAAAAACUUUAAUUAGUUUAGAUUUAAGAGUUAAUCCAUGUACAAUGGGAUUUUAUCCUUAUGUAUUUAUGCCAGAAGAAUUAUCAUUUAGACAUAAUUCAAUUAAUUCAAGUCCUAUAGCUUUAGAAGGAGUUGAAGAAUUAGAAUUCUUUACAGAAUUUUAUAAACGGGAUAAAACUAAUCAACAUGAUUGGCUUGAAAGAGAUCAUGAAUUUGUUAGUGAAUUAGCUGAAAUUUCUGAUAUUAAUAUUAAACAUCGAUUAAAUUAUGAAACUUUAUUAAUUAAUUAUUUAAUUAAAUUAAAGAAAUUAGAUGGGGCAGAAAUCAAUAGUGCUAAGCGAGUAUUAUCUAAGAAUAGAUUAACUCCCAAUGAAAUAGAAUAGAAUAAUAAAUGUAUUUAUAAUUGUAUUAUAAUUGUAUUAUAAUUGUAUUAUAAUUGUAUUAUAAUUGUAUUAUAAUU